AUGGGCGUUGACGCAGCUGCGGUAGAAGGCGCUGCGGGCGCGACGCCGCCAGCCACCUCCGCGAUGGAAAUUGACGAAUCGCAGAUUCCUGGCACCGUGCAUCUGGUCGACCUGGAGCACACAAAGGCAACACGGCACGCGGGCUCCAGCCGCGACAUUAUCCUCAUCCCGACGCCGUCGCGGGAUCCCAACGACCCGCUCAACUGGUCGGCCGGUCGGAAGCGGCUGCAUCUCAUCUGUCUCAUGGUCUAUGUCGGGUUCAACGGCAUGGCCCUAUCGGUUGUGUAUUCCGUCUUGGUGCCCCUGUCGAGUGCCCUGGGCGUUACCCUGGGCGAUCUGAAUGCCGGCACGGGCUACAUGUUCCUGCUGCUGGGCUGGUCGCUGCUGUUUUGGCAACCCUUUGCGCUGCAGUACGGCAAGCGCUUCACCUAUCUCGCCUCGAUGCUGGGCAUGGUCGCCGUUUCGUUCUGGAGCCCCCAUGCCCAAGGCGGCGGCCAGUGGAUCGCGCGCAACAUUGUCACCGGCUUCGUUGCGUCCCCCAUCGAGUCCCUGCCCGAGACGUCCAUCACUGACAUCUACUUUGCCCACGAGCGUGGCACCUACAUGGGCUGGUACGCGCUCAUGCUUGCCGGCUCCAACUACCUCGCGCCCGUCCUCUGCGGCUUCAUCAACGACGGCCUCGGCCCGCGCUGGCCGUUUUACAUCAUGGGCCUGUUCUGCGCCGCCAGCUUCGUAUUCCUCUUCCUCUUCAUGGAGGAGACCAACUAUGCGCGCGCGAGUGUCGGCGUAGUCUAUGAGCCAAGCAAGUCGUCGCCGCCGGAGGUGGACAAAAUGCCGGUUGAUGAGGCAGCAGAUCGCGACGGCGAGCUUGACUAUCCCCCCGAGAAGACGUUUGUGCAGAAGCUCGCGCUCUUCAACACCGGAGAGAAGCAGCCGUUUCGCAUGCAUUUGCGCGCAUGGCAGAGCUUGCGGUUUCUGACGUGGCCGACGGUGUUCUACGCAGGCUUCGCAUACGGCACAUAUCUCAUCUGGUUCAACAUCCUCAACGCCACGUCGUCCAUCAUCCUCGGCGGCGCGCCGUACCACUUCCGCCCCAGUAUCGUCGGCCUGUCAUAUCUGGCGUGUGUCAUUGGCACUGUAAUCGGAGCUGCGUACUCGGGGGUCGCGUCCGACUGGUUCGUGCUGCGCAUGGCCCGACGCAACGGCGGCAUCUACGAGCCCGAGCACCGCCUAUGGCUCUUUGCCGCAACGGCCAUCCUCGCCCCGGCCGGUCUUGUUCUCUGGGGUGUCGGCGCCGCGCAUGGCGUGCACUGGUUCGGGCUGCUCGUCGCCAUGGCGUUCCUGGCUUUUUGCAGCAGCGCCGGCUUGACCAUUGCCGUUGCGUACCUGGUCGAUUCGUUUCGCGAGAUUUCGGGCGACGCCCUCGUCAGCGUCAUCCUCAUCCGCAACACUAUGAGCUUUGCCAUUGGCUAUGGCAUCACGCCUUGGCUCGACGGCCUCGGCCUGCAGAAUUGUUUUAUCAGUGUCGCCUUUGUCGCGCUCGCCAUUUGCAGCACAUUUCUGCCCAUGAUUUGGUGGGGAAAGAGGCUGAGAGCGGCAAAGCGCGAGAGCUACUGGACCGAGGUCAAGGUCCGCGUCGCUUCCAAGGCAUACUAG